AUGCUUCACCAAGACCAUCGUAAAGAACUUGAAAGUCUUGCCGUGCAGCAGCUGCACGUUGUGAAAGCGCCUUUCGACGAGGUCUGCGGCCGGGAAAGCCCCUGGCGGGCCACGGAGGGUCAUAAAAGCGGCCGGGCCGAGCCGGGGCAGCCCUGUGGACUUCCGCGAUCCGCAGGCUGCAGAGGACGAGGCGCAAAUCCCUCCCCCGGGGAAAAGGCGUCGCAGGGCUUCGGCGCUGGGGCCGAACAAUGGGAGCGCCCUGGAGCCCGGCGGCUCCCGCUUCCUCCGCCUCGGCCCCCGGGUUUUCCCGCUCGCCAGCCCCGGCUCUGGCCUCCCGACCCCGGCCACCUCCCUAGCCCGGCCCUUCCCCCCAUGCCACAUGAGUUGCUUCCUCUGGUGACCCCAGCUUUAGCCGUGGCCUCCUUCCUCCUAUUCUCUGCACGUAUUUUUUACUCUCUCCCUCGGUUUCCAGAAGUGGUCUUGAAGUCUCAUUGCCAGAGUCAUGCUGAGUUGCUGUUUCCUUCCGGAAAAAAGAUUUCCUCCAGAAAUCCCAAUCGGGAAGGAAAUACAGUUGUUUUGGAACUCUGCAGCGAGUGCCUCCCGAAGAGAGGAUGUGCCCAGCCGCACGCAGCCAAGCGGGGGUCUUAGCUUGCGCCUCCUGGGACUAAGGGAGAAAGUAACGAGGACCGGGGAAGCUACCGAGGCCGAGAGCAGCCGGCCCGGCGGGGCCCGCGGGCUCCCGGCCGCCCGAGCCGGGCCGCCAGGGGCGAAGGACUUAAAUAGCGGGGGGCCGGAGGGGGCGGCGGGCCCGCGCGUGACGAUACUUUCCGAGGAAGGCUGGGGCAGACGGGGAGUUUGCAGAUCGGCCUCACCCUCCCGUUCCUCCACCCCCCCCACCCCACCCCCAAGAGGGAAGGGAAAGAGAAAAAAAAAAAAAAGUUGAAGGGAGGCGGGGAGAGGAGCCACCCCGUUUCCUCCCCCGGAGUCUGCGGAAGGGCUGGGGCGGCGCGGGCAGAGAGAGGGCGCGGACCGAGCGGACCAAUGGCAGGCAACAGGUCCAGGCCUCGGCAGGGCCGCGGGCCGGGCCUCCUCUCGCCGCCGC